AUGAAGAGCCUAGUCGUCCAAGUCCUCACCGGACGGUGGUUCAUGGUGUUCGCCUCCUUCCUCAUCAUGUCCGCCGCCGGCGCCACCUACAUGUUCGGCCUCUACUCCACCGACAUAAAAGACUCCCUCGGCUACGACCAAUCCACCCUCAACUUGCUCAGCUUCUUCAAGGACCUAGGAGCCAACGUCGGCGUACUCUCCGGCCUCAUCAACGAGGUUACGCCGCCGUGGGUGGUGCUCUCAAUGGGUGCAGUACUUAACUUCUUCGGCUACUUCAUGAUCUGGCUAGCUAGCCUAGUCGUCCAAGUCCUCACCGGACGGUGGUUCAUGGUGUUCGCCUCCUUCCUCAUCAUGUCCGCCGCCGGCGCCACCUACAUGUUCGGCCUCUACUCCACCGACAUAAAAGACUCCCUCGGCUACGACCAAUCCACCCUCAACUUGCUCAGCUUCUUCAAGGACCUAGGAGCCAACGUCGGCGUACUCUCCGGCCUCAUCAACGAGGUUACGCCGCCGUGGGUGGUGCUCUCAAUGGGUGCAGUACUUAACUUCUUCGGCUACUUCAUGAUCUGGCUAGCUGUAACCAAAAAAAUUUCAACACCCCAAGUUUGGCAGAUGUGUUUGUACAUGUGUAUCGGGGCAAACUCUCAGGCUUUCGUUAACACCGGAGCUCUGGUCACCUGCGUCAAGAACUUCCCGGAGAGCCGAGGCGUCGUGUUGGGUCUUCUCCAAGGUUUUGUGGGUCUAAGUGGUGCGAUCAGAACCCAACUAUUUCAUGCAGUUUAUGAUAAUGACACAAAAUCUCUCAUUCUGAUGAUCGGAUGGAUGCCGGCGGCGAUCUGGUUUGCUUUCCUCCGAACAAUUCGGAUCAUGAAAGUUGUUCGACAACCCAAUGAGCUCAAAGUUUUCUACCAUUUUCUCUAUCUCUCUCUUGGUCUGGCUUCGUUUCUCAUGGUGAUCAUUAUUGUCGAAAACAGGUUUCGUUUUUCACAGAGUGAGUAUGGUGGUAGUGCAGCCACAGUUCUGAUCUUGCUCUUUUUGCCUCUAGCUGUUGUUAUAAGAGAAGAGUAUUAUCUAUGGAAGACGAAGAAAGAAGCCAUGGAUAAUCUUUCCCAGCUGGAGAUCACAACAGAGUUGCCGAACACCGAGACUACGUUGCCUCCGCCACCAGCACCGUCAUCUUCGUCCACCGCCGCUACUGAACUAUCCAGUUCACAAAAGGAAGAAGCUUCUUGCUUCAAAACAAUUUUCCGGCCACCUAAUAGAGGCGAUGACUUCACUAUCCUUCAAGCACUCUUCAGCAUCGACAUGCUGAUUCUCUUCAUAACAACAAUCUGCGGCGUCGGCGGGACAUUGACGGCCAUAGACAACUUGGGUCAGAUCGGAACUUCUCUCGGAUACCCAACUCGAAGCAUUAGUACUUUCGUCUCUCUCGUCAGCAUUUGGAACUACCUCGGAAAAGUAGUCGCUGGUUUCGUCUCCGAAAUCAUGUUAACCAGAUACCAAUUCCCUCGGCCAUUGAUGCUCACAAUGACCCUUGUUCUCUCAUGUGUUGGUCACCUUCUCAUAGCCUUUAAUGUCCCAAAUUCUCUCUACGUCGCCUCAGUAAUAAUUGGUUUUUGCUUUGGAGCACAAUGGCCAUUGCUUUUCGCCUUCAUAUCUGAGCUUUUUGGACUAAAAUACUACUCCACACUCUACAAUUUCGGCUCAGUGGCGAGCCCAAUUGGGUCGUAUAUACUCAACGUGAGGGUUGCUGGACAUCUGUACGAUAAGGAGGCGAACAAACAGAUGAGAGCUUUGGGACUCACUAGGAAGCCUGGUGAGGACUUGAAUUGCACCGGAGUGGAUUGUUUUAAAUUGGCUUUCAUUAUAAUCACGGGGGUGACGGUGUUUGGUGCUCUUGUUUCGGUUAUUUUGGUGGUUAGGACUAGGAAGUUUUAUAAGAGUGACAUUUACAAGAAGUUCAGAGAGGAGGCGCAAGCAGCUGAGACAGAGAUGGCACUGGCGGAGAACGGCAUCAUCGUCCGAUCAUCAUUGGGACGAAGGGGGGUUGAAGAUUGA